CAAGCACCAGCCAGAUAGGUGCAGCAGAUAUUAUAGCAGCGCCAUACUCCUCCAUCAUGGCCUCAGCAGCAAAGAGCGUGUGCCGCACAGCAGCGCGCCAAUUGCGCUCACACCAACGUCCACGUUUCCAACCCGUCUCUCGCACGUUCACCACGUCUCGCCGCACCUUCGCCGAAGACAAGAAAGAUGCAGACAGCGCCAGCUACUUCAACCAAGCCUUUUACAACCGCCUCGCACGCGAUGACCAGGCCGCAUACACAUCCCUCACACCCGCCGAGCGCCAGCAAAUGGAGAAGGUAGACGCUGCUCUACGCGACGAGUUCGCAAACGACAGUCGCACCCACCGCGAUUUGGAGGAGCAGAUUGCCGCUGAACUGGAGACACUGGAUAUGGAGUUCCCUGCUGGUCCCGUUGAGAGGCCGCCCAAAAAUCAAGGCUUCUUCCAAAUGGGUGAGAAGGAAGACAUUGGUCCCGAUGAGGAUGAUUUCCAAGGAGACGACAUUUCGAGUUUGGGUCACGCAGAGCUGGAGCAAACGAGGGAACUGAGAGAGUAUGCUCGUCUUGCAGGCUGGGAGAUGCCUUUGUUGGCGAAUCUCACAAAACCCUACACACCACCCACAGCCGCCACACCCCUCCGCUUCCGCUACACAACCUACAUGGGCGAACAACACCCAGCCUCACGAAAGGUAGUCGUAGAGUUCGACCCCUCAGACCUCUCCCUCACACCCGCACACACCCAAAACCUCAUCAAACUAGCCGGCGUACGCUACAACCCCGUCACCAAACUCGUAAAGAUGAGCUGCGAAGACCACGAGACCCAAGCACAAAACAAGCGUUAUCUGGGCGACACCAUCAAGGGACUCAUUGCAAAGGCCCAAUCACCAGAGAGUGAAUGGCUCAAGGAUAUCCCUGUUGAUUUCAGACACGCAAAGCCGAAGAAGAGAUUCCAGUUCCCUGAUGAGUGGCUGUUGACGGAGGAGAGAAAGAAGGAGUUGGACGCGAGGAGGGAGGCUAGACAGUUGGCCGAGCAGACAAAGAAGGAGAGUCCGGCUGGUUUGAUUGAUGGUAUCAAGGAGAUUGAAGAGGCUAGGAAUAUUGAUCUGUCAAGAGUCGAGGCCCCCGUUAUGGCAGCGGCAAAGAUGCCCAUGGCCAAGGGUAAGCAGGGUAAGAAGGAGAUGAGACAGGGCAGAGCAUAGAAGAAAGUCUCUCAACCUGCUUGAUCUACUGUUGAUAAAUACUUGUACGAUAUUCUCUUCAUUGUAAAAAAGGAAAGCCUUUGAGCAUUUGAAUGGCGUUUAACUUGAUUCUUCCUCUGCAUCUGACACAAGGAAGAAAAGACACGAACCAAACUCAAGGCCAAGCACCCCUCAACAUCCUCUCCUCCUGCCAAACAAACCUCCCCCAAAUCUUGCUAAUCCCAUCAUCAAACGCCACAUCCUCUUUCCUCACAUCCCCCGGCCUCCUCCUCAACACCUCUUGAUUAACACCCACAAACUCAUUCCUCGUAAUCGCUAUAUUGAACGCGAAACUACUUCUCGCAAACCCUGCUAGAUAACUACUUCGUCUGAGAACUUCAUAGUCGACUAAACC